AUGGCCACAAAGGCAGCUGACACAGGCACCGUGGAGCACUCAAAACAUGAGCCGAGAGUCCUGCCCCUCCCAAGCUGGAAGACCAUGUGCUGGGCCAGCCUAGCCCUCCUGCUACCCCUUCUAGUUGGGGCCCAGGGAUACAAUAUUAAAGGGUUAAAUAUGAAGGACGUCUGUGGACGACCCCAAGUCUCAGAGCAAAUCCUUGAGGGCCAGGACACAUCCCUGCUCAGGUGGCCGUGGCAGGCGAGGCUCGUCUAUAAGACCAGCUAUUGGUGCGGGGCCACCCUCAUCUCCCCAAGCUGGGUGCUAACAGCUGCCCACUGCUUCCACAAUCAAACAAAAAAUCCCCAGUUCUGGAAGGUCCAACUGGGAUCCAAGAAAAUCAGGCCCAAUCAGCUAAAUGAGAACCAGUUUUACACUCGACCUUUGUCAAAAAUCAUCCUAUACCCUCACUAUAAAAGACAUCCAUCCAAGGACAUCGCUCUGGCAAAGAUGAGCUCCCCAAUACUCUUCACGAAGACUAUCAAGCCCAUUUGUCUUCCAACUUCCUUGAGAGAGUUUCAGAAUGUGACCUCCUGCUGGGUGACCGGCUGGGGAAGAAAACUGGACAGACAAUUACUUCUGCAUCUUAUUUGUAGUAUUUCCUCCUUUCCUUCCCUAAUACCAACUAUGAUUUUCCCUUCUUUUCCCACAUCAUUAGGGUUGAAGGGACAAAGCGGCCUGCAGGAAAUAGAAGUGCCCCUCAUUGACCAAAAGACCUGUGACAUCUAUUAUCAUGAGAAAUUAAGCACCCCAAGUCAGGUGGGCCUAGUAUUUGAUGACAUGUUCUGUGCUGGCUCUUCAAGUGGCAAGAAAGAGAUGUGCCAGGGUGACUCUGGAGGGCCCUUGUCCUGUAAAGUUAAUGGUACGUGGAGUCAGGCUGGGAUUGUGAUCUGGAAACUAGGUUGUGACCUUGCUAACCUGCCUGGUGUCUACACCAAUGUCAGCAUCUACACCCCCUGGAUCCUAAAGACCAUCAACUCAAGUACCCCUGACAUCUGUCCCUCAGGGAUCUUCUGCACCUUCCCACUGCUACUACCUUGGGUUUUCUUAGGCCCCUUUACUUCAUCUCUCAUGCAUCCCAGUCAAGGUUUGGCAAGUGUGUGGCUAAGCGAAAGGUCUCUCCCCAGGGCUAGAUGUUGUAACAAAGAUUAGGUCAGAGGCCUUACUUGCCCCAUUAAAAUGAUAUUUGAAGACACUCCCCAACCCUACACCACCACCCCCCAUCGCGC